UUGAACUGGAGCAGGCACUUUCAAGUUACCAGGAGCAAGUCCAGCAGCUCGAGACGGAGAUGACUGGCUCCAGGUCACAGGUGGAUACUCUUCAAGAGCAGAUCAGCAAUCUGUGCCCACGCAGUGCCGUGGAAUGUGAAAAGCAGCGGCAGCUGAUGCAGAACAACAUACAAGAUCUGGCAGCGAGUUUGGAGCAGGAUAACCUCCAGCACACGCAGCACAUGGACGCUAUAGCCAAACUGAAAACUAUCUUGCAGACAAGCCAGACCCAGGUCGCUACACUUGAAGCAGAAAACCAGAAACUGGCUGAAGAGAAAUCACAACUGUGUGACGAGGUGAAUACAACUGUAGAGCAGAUGGCUGGUGAACAUCAACGCUGGCAAGAUGAGACUAACCUGUUGAAGGAGAAGCUUGCUAGCGCUGAAGCAGCACUGGAGCAAGUGCAAGUGGAGAAUCAGGCGCUAAAGGAGCAAUGCGAAGCCAGUCAAUUGUUGGAGGACGUCAGCCUUGAUGCUAGGCAACUUACACAGGACUUACAAACUAAAUGUGACGAACAAAGUGAGAAAAUGAGGUUUUCCCAGCUUCAGUCUCAGCUGGACGAGAAGACUAUGGAAUUCAAUCAUACUACUGCCGUGCUAAAGGAGGUGAAUGCCUCCAACCGUGACCUGAGAUCAGCCCUGUCUGCGACAAGGGCUGACAGCAAGGCCAAAGCGGAGAGCUUGCGGCAAGCAAAGCUUGCUUUGGAGCAGGAGCACACGCAUGGCAAGCAGCAGCUUCAGGAGUUCUUGGGCAAUUUGCAGCGGGUGCAGGCUCAGCUCAAAGGCGAAGGCAAGGAGAAAAAGGCGUUGACCACUCGCCUGCAAGAGAAUGAACAAGAACUGCAAAGUGUGCAGAACAAGAAUGUGAAGCUCUUGAAGGAUCUGAAAGACUGCAGGGCAGCCCUUGAUGAUGUACAUCGUGAAAAGAAAUCAGUUGCCUCGUCACUCUCAAGAUCAGAAGUGGAGUGCAGUGAGCUACGCGAGUCGCUCACCAGCAAGCAGUCUCAGCUACGCCAAGACAGAGACGAGCACCUGCUGCACAGUCGACAGCUGCGACACAGCCUUCAGGCUGCCAAGAACAAGGCAGAAGCUGCUAGCAAGAGGCUGCAAGAUGCCACCGAGGCACUAGCUAAUGCAGAGAGCCGACUGAAACAGCGUGCUGCUCAGGUCGCAAGCUUGCAAGAGCAACUCAAGACCGUGCGUAAGGCGUGUUCAGAGCGAGAUGAAGCAGCGCAGCUGCAGCUGCAGGAGUGUAGCAAAGAGAAGGAAUCUGCCCUGGAGAAGCUGUCAGAGGCCAGUGAUGAUACAAAACAACUGAGAGAGCAGCUUAGCGAGCUAUCAACAAUGUGCACUCGAUUGGAGUCGGUCAUCCAGGCGUCUGCGAAGGAACUUGGCCAGCUCUUCAACUUACAAGCCAAUGCAACGGCAUCAUCAGAUGACAACAACGUCGCUAGUCUUCGAUCCAGCAUAGGCCAUGCGGCCAGGGUUCAUCACGAACUGGUGCAGCAUGCACAACAACAGCACCAGCAGUAUGCGGCACUACAGAGAAGCAGGCAGGUAGCACCCAUCGCAUCUUGCAGCACAUGCACAACACGCGUCCCUCAACUCCUUGCGAAAUUGGACAAGGCCAAGAGCCAACUUGCAGGCACCAAGCAAAUGCUACAGGCCAGCAGACGAAUGCUGCAGCAGCUGGCAAACAGCUCAGCUGAACAGACAGAGACAUUCCGCAAGCAGCUAGCCACCGCGGAGCAGGAGCUCCAAGCCCAACGCAGCGUAGCAGCAAUUGCACGGAAACAGCAGUAGGGGCUCAGGCUUAGUCUGCUCAUCCCAGCACGUCGUAAUCACAAGCAGUACGACAGGGACGGCACAGCCAGGAUAACGCAACGAACAUCGUAAUAUACGAGGUGCAUUUCCAGGAGAACCGGCCAUAACUACAUUAAUUAUUUUUCCAGAAUUCUAUAAAAUGUCAUACCACCAAUGUUUCUCGUGCAGUUUUGAUACACACUUUUAAAUGCACAUUCAUACUGACCAACCAGAAAAAAUCUCAAUCCCUCAAUCACCAAAACACGUGAAAAAGCGCUUUCCUCGCC